AUGCUUUACUUUAACGAGAGUAUACUACCGGAGAACCAAAUCACAUUGUAUUUCACCAUUGUGUAUUUCAACAUCACCAUGUUGGCAUUCACGGCCGGUUAUCAUAAAUACUUUGCUCAUAAUUCAUACAAGAUUAGAUUUAUUCCGUUGAAAUAUUAUUUUGCCAUUUUUGGAAGUAGUUGUGGGUUAGGAGCAAUUAGGUGGUGGGCGUCAUUGCAUCGGGCCCACCAUCAUUUCACAGAUGACACCGAACGAGAUCCGUACCUGAUUAAGCGUGGGUUAUUAUUUAGUCAUUAUGGAUGGUUAUUGAAGAAGCCUAAAGCCGUCAAGUUUUAUGAUGAAUUUAUCGAACAGGAAUUUCCGCAAAAUGUAGAUGAAGCUAGGAUUUCACAAGAUUUUAAACUCGAUAAGGAACAAAGAGAAGCUUUUGGUCUUCGAGAUGAAUUUGAUAAUGAUAGUGAAGACGAAGAGGAAGAUACUGAGUUUAAAGAUACAUACGAUGAGAAUUUGAAGAAUUUGUUAAAUUGGCAGGAGAGGACAUAUUUCUUUUGGUUUUUAAUCACCACCAUUGUAAUCCCCGUUGUGGCUACCAAAUUGUUUUGCAAUGAUACAGCAAUGCAUGGCUUAAUAUACCCGGGAAUAUUUCGCAUGUUUUUAUGUCAACAAUCAUUACUCACUACUGAAUCCUUGUGUCAUUUAAAACAAAUUCAAGUAACCAUCCCAUCACAGCCAUUCAACGACAAAAACUCAUCCCAGGAUUGUCAGAAUCCAUUGAUGGCGUUACUCACCUAUGGCCAAUCACACCAAAAUUACCACCACGAAUUCCCCCAUGAUUAUCGAAGUAACAACACCUAUUUCACCUAUGACCCAACCAAAUGGUUUAUUUGGACGUUGGACAAAUUAGGUAUCGUUUGUGAAUUAUGUCGGACGCCAGAUAAUUUAGUUGAGCACUUGCGACUUCAACAACAGCAACAGAUACUUAAUCGGAUGCGAAGUCAAUUGAACUGGGGGACUCCGAUAUCCAAAUUACCAUUAAUUACACCACAGGAUUUUAAACGAACAAUUGAAUCGUCAUCGAAUAAAGAUCGCAUUUAUAUCGUGAUUCAAAACAUCAUUCACGACAUCACUCCAUUUAUGGAUCAACAUCCUGGUGGUGUCCAGUUGUUGAAAGCAUCACACGGUAAAGAUGCCACCAGAGCGUUUUAUGGUGGGGUCUAUGGACAUCUGACGGCUGCGAUUAAUUUAUUGGCAACUAUGCGAAUUGGGAUAUUGGAUAAUGGAAACGAUGAAGAAGUUUGGACUCGAGUGGUUAAAGAAGAAGGUGAGGUGAGGGAAGUAUCUGAAUCGAGGGGUGGUGGUUCAAAUGAGUAUCGUACUGCUGAAGCUGCAUAG